AUGGUCUCUGUUCAACUUCUCCUCUUUGCUAUGGGGAUGCAAGUUGCCCUAAGCGCACCCAGUGGACAAACAGAUCCGCCCAGUCCAUCCGAAUGGGACAUAUCCAAGCCUUUGAACGGAUUCACAUUCCAAAGGGCAAAAGCUUUAUCCGCCCCAACAGUUGACAAACCAACUCUACGGUAUUCAAAGAUUGCCAAUGUUCAAGGUCAUUCAGGUAGUCGUAAUGCCGUUUCUAGUUUGAACCGAAUUCUACGGACUCCGCCAUCACACGGUCAGCAUACAUACCAAAACAUCAGUACUGCUGGAAACUUUUCCACACAAUAUGCCAUCCAGUGCGGGUGGGAUGGUGCGCCCGUGUGGCUACUUCUCGAUACUGGAAGCGCCGACACCUGGGCCGUUCAAAGGGGGUUCGAAUGCCAUGACUCUGAUGGUUCCAAGCACAAGCAAAGCGCAUGUGCUUUUGGACAGCCUCAUAUAAAGAAGUUCCAAAAUGGUCCGAUCGAUGACCUCCACUUCUAUUUACGAUACGGCUCUGGCGAGAAAGUUCUUGGUCCAAUGGGUUAUGCAGAUAUCUCUUGCGGGGGAGUUUCCGUUUCCGGUCAGCAAGCUGGUCUCGCGAACUAUACUUACUGGCACGGGAACAACCUUACUGUUGGGAUAUUGGGACUUGCUUAUCCCUCGAUCACGAGUGCCUUCUACGGCAAGAUCGGGCAAGAGGCCGCCUGGAAUGCCAUCCAGUACGUGCCAUUUCUGACAAAUGCUGUAAUGCAAGGAAGCAUAGACCCUGUCUUCAGUGUCACCUUGAAUAAGAACUCCUCAGAUGGAAUCAUCGGUUGGGGUGGUUUGCCACCAGUGCGGACAGACACAGAUACAUACGCUGAGACUGAACUCAUUAUCGCAAACCUUAUUGGUUCGGCUGAAACAGCUUGGAAAUACUCCUUCUAUACGAUUGUCCCAGAUGGUGUAAUCUGGGGUCAGAGCCGAGACAAGACAAAAUUCCCAUACAUCGUGGAUACUGGGACAACAAUGAACUAUCUUCCUCCUCCGUUGGCUGAGGCUAUCGCCACUGCCUUCCAGCCUCGUGCCGUAUACUUGUAUCAAUGGGGUUCUUACUUUGCCCCAUGCGACGCGGUACCGCCUAGGUUCGCCGUAGUAAUCGGAGAAGUAGAGUUUUGGGUCAAUCCCGCGGACAUGAUUUUCCGAGAUUUGAUUGAUCCGCUGACCGGAUACUGUGCCAUCGCCAUUGCCAGCGGUGGAACUGGGCCAUACAUCCUUGGUGAUGUGUUUCUCCAAAAUGUCGUUGCUGUUUUCGAUGUCGGAGGGGCACAAAUGCGUUUCUACCGCAGGAAUUAA